AGACGAUUCCAGCCAACAUGGCGACCGCGCGGUCCGCUGAGCGGCUCCGCAGACCUACCAGCAGCGGCUCACAGCCCCGAGCCGGAACCGGAAGCAGGAGUAGCCCGCCGGAGGACGAAGGGAAAAAGUUGGCGGUGUCCGUGCAGGUGGAGCGCGGCAGCCCGCCCUGCGGUCACCCGGUGUGCCCGCUGUGUCUGCUCCACAGACGCUCCGGCAGCCAGGAGCAGCUCAGGCGGAGGAGUGACCCGGAGAAGAGCAGCGGCAGGCCGGCCAGGAGGGACUGCGACACCCGCAGAGAGUUCUUUGUGACGCCUGCUCUCACAAAUCUGUCUGGGAAAUACAAGAGUGUUGUGUCUGACUCUGAGAAUGAGGAGCCACUCAGCAGGAUGCCCAAGACCAUCUCUGCCUUCAUCAGGAAAACCAAAACCUCGUCCUCCUGCACAGGAGGUUUCCGCCAGGAGUCGAAGUUGUACGGAUCCAGUGGAGGACGGGGACAAAAGCUGAAGGUCGUGUCCCAGCCGGCUGUCGUUGAUAAGGAUUCCAUCAGCCACAGCUACGCGGCAGGCAUCCUCCUGUCCUCUGAGAACAGCCGCUCUGCCUCUCUUUCUGACCGGAGGCUCAUCUCACAUGUAGCCGCGACAUCCACACCCGCGGCCACUCAGUCCCGGCCGGAGUGCUCCAUAGCCAGGAGACCCACCAUUAUCAAGUCCACGCCGCGGAAUCUCACCCGCGGCCUCCAGAAGGCCACCAGCUAUGAGGCCAGCCCGGCUGUCCUGCAGAAGUGGAGGCAGAUUGAGCUGGAUCGCCAGCGCAUCAACAUGAACUCCAAGGCAACACUGACGAGCCCCAUCAGUGAGCUCCACGCCAAAACGGGCUGGGCGGAAGACGGGAGCGGUGCGGGCACCACAAAGACUCGUCAGGUGCUGUCAGCAGGACACGAUGGUGAUGGAGUCUUUAACAAGAGGAGGCUGGUCUUUGACCCGCCGGAUAGCUUUCAGAAACCAUCGGUUAAGAUUUGGGUGCCUGCGAUCCGCUACAACAGUGAGGUGACUGUUCGGGGAAGCUCACGGUCAGACCAGACAGUUGGAACGCCGGAACUGUGCAGUGAAGCCAUGAUUGACAGGAAACGAUCCUUUUCGCCUUAUCCAAGGAAGUCAGGUUUUCAGUGUUGUAAGUUAUCAUGUAAGGACUCCAUCAGUACCAGGAAGGACGAGGACAGUGGCAUCUACAACCAGUCUGCCUCACGCAGAGGCAGGAAGAGGAAGCAGAAGACGAAACACUUGGACUCUGACAGGGAGGUGGACCCAAAGAGGAGUAAGUCAGCCAACCAGGACACCUGUGUCCAGCAGUUAAAGCAGGAUCGAGCCCUGGCCUUGAAGCUCCAGAGACAGUUUGACCUGGAGAACCAGGGCGUCAAUAGGAGACAAAGCCCUGACAAGUACUUCCUGCGUUCCUGGAUGGCUAAUCAUAACCGCAGGAGGCGUAGUCUUCGACGAAUCUCCAAGAAGCUUUAG